AUCAGUACCUCCUAGAAGUGAUCCAGAGAGGUUAACCGACUUUAACCACUGUGAUACAGAUAAGUCACUCCUUCUUUUCUGUUUCAGGAGUCAGAAAGUAGAAAUUCAUUGAUAAUUUUAAGAACUGUUUAGUUGUUUGCCUGCAAUCAGAGGUCAGAUAGGGAAUCUGUAUGCCUUUUUAAAGUAAAUUGAUUGUAAACGUACAACUUAGUUCAGCGACAUUUAGUGUAAAUUCCCUUAAUUUUGCAUAGACGUCAGACAAUCAGAUGAUUAAUAAAAUGUGGAAUAUGAAGUAAAUGCAUACCUUUCCAUGUAAAGACCUAGAACAGUGGUCUAACAUGUUUUGUCAGAUCCAACUGUUGACAGGGUAGAAACCAGUGGAUGGUAGCAAAAUGAAUAUACACUAUCUGUAGCACAAUAUCUGAAACAUAGUUAUGCUCAAAGGAAAUUAAAGUAACUUACCAUUUUAAUUCUAUUCAUUGGUUAUGUUUCAGCAUUUUCUGAGAGAAAUGACAUCUACAGAAUCCAAACAAUCCCCGUGGACUCCCCAGCAAAUAUGAGUUUGUUGCAAUUGUGGGAGAGGGCAGCUAUGCAAAGGUGGUGAAAUGUUUGAACAAGGAGACCUCUGAGACUGUGGCUAUAAAGAUGCCUAAAUGCUGGACCACAGACAACAAGAGUGAGAUCCCCAUUCUGAGAAUGAGCAUGUGCCACAACCUUGACAAACACAACAUUGUCAAGUAUAUCGAUUGUUUUCAGACCAUAUAUGGAAAGGCGCUUGUGUUUGAGUCAUUGGAUAUAAGCCUAUUUGACUACAUGGAGAUGAAAGACUUUGCCCCUAUGCUUCUGAGUGACAUCAGAACCAUCAUCCAACAGAUGGCCACAGCAUUUGAUGCGUUGAAGGGGAUCGGGGUGAUCCACACUGAUGUCAAACUGGACAACAUUAUGAUGGUGAAUCACCACCAGCGACCCUUUGAAGUCAAGCUGAUAGACUUCGGUCUGGCCAUUCCCACAUCACAGGCCAAGAAGUUCAGAGGAAGGCAAAUAUUUGAAAUUAUGUCCCCAGAAGUUUUUUUGGGCCGUGAAUUUAAUGAGGCCAGUGAUAUGUGGGCCCUGGGCUGUGCCAUGUUCGAGAUGGUCUGUGGUCCUGACCUGUUCACAGGAGAAUGUGACUAUGAAAUAAUGCUGAGCAUUGUUGAGCUCCUUGGUAAGCCAGCAGACCAUCUUCUUGAAAAGUCUCCCCGGGCAAAGAUUUACUUCACAAAAACUGACGCAGGAGACUGGAGGAUCAAGACUCCUUUGGAAUUUUUUGAACGUCACCAUAGAAGAACCGAGAAGAGUCACGAGUUCCAAUCUCUAGAUGAUCUGAAAGCAAUGGGUCUGGAGGAAGAUAACAAAACUGAGGCUGUUGAGCGAGAGCAGUGUAUCGAGCUCCUGAAGGCCAUGCUGGCAUUUGAUGCAGAUGAGAGGAUCGCUCCCCGUGAAGUCCUCACUCAUCCAUUCAUCACCAAAGUCUACCCAAGAGACAGAGUGACAGACAGAGCCUUGAGUCUUUUACUGUAAUUAUGGCAAACACAAUGCAGCAGGCAGAGCUUCAUUUUCAGGACUAUGGAUAAUGUCCAUUACUUGUAUGUGUGUCUGGCAGAAGUAUAUGAAUCUCAACUUUUCUGACACUGUCUUGGUGUGUGUGUACAUACUGGUAUUUGUAUUAGACAGGAGUAAAUGGAUCUCAACUAUUUUGAGAAUGUGUGUGUAUAUGUCUGUGUGUGUGUGCGUGAGUGUGUGUGUGUGUGUGUGUGUGUGUGUGUGUGUGUGUGUGUG